AUGCCGCCAUCUCCACCACGUCCGAAAUCUCCCAAGAGCAGCAAUGCCCCGAAACCUCGAUCUCCUGCCAAUAAUAACAAUAGUGGCGGCACGUCUCUGCGAUUGAAUUUGGGUGGUGGUACCAAGGUCAAGGCGGAAUCCCCCAAGCGAUCGACGAGCCCCAAGCCUCCCUCUGGCAAUUCUCCUCCCUCUGUGUCUCCCAGCAACAGCAAAAAACGAAAAUAUACCCCACCUUCGAAUAUCCCGCCUCAUUUGGCAUUGGCAUCCUUUGCCCGGGUUCAUCACCAAUCAUCCCAAUUAUCUUUUGUCUUGUUGGCCAACCAAUGGGCUUGUCAGGGAGAAUCCAUUCUCUACAUCACUGAUACAGCUCCUCCAUUACCCAACACCACACAACUUGCCUUUCAUUUGCGAGGGACUUGUCAUGUCGAUUCGGUACAAGUCGAAACUGUGGGAGUAGUGCCAGCUUCACUGCCAUCAUCAUCAUCAUCACCCAAAGAUAACACUAAGAAAUCUUUUUUCGAAACCUGGAAAGCCUCCUUUGAUCACAUUGAUCCAUUGGAACAUGUCCUCAUCAAACCAGCCACAUCCUAUACCGAUCAGGACGUUAUCGUGGACAAGGAGGGAAAUACCAUUAAAUACGAUGCCGAUGCCCAAUGCACACGCGGUGCCGCUGGAAUGACCACGGGCUUGCGAGCGGCCAGUAUUGCCAGUAACAUGGGAGAACUACGAAUGUCCAUUGACCGACCAUCUAACAGUGCUGGAAGACGCAGCAAUGGAACAGCCUCACCCGAAGAAGCCAAACGACGCCGACAAUGGCUCACGGAACAGUGGAAACAAGAUUUGGAAACCACCACAACCCUCAGCAGCAGCAACAAAGCAGGCCAUGAUUUGCAUCAGACAUUGGCGGAACGGACCGAACAAAGGCGGACGGCUCGAUUGAAACUCGUGGCCGAACGACUCGCGGAAGCAUCGGAUACCGAACAUGGGCGGAGAGCCUUUAAAAUUCGCAUUCGAUACCACAUUGCGCUGGGAAAACAGCCCUUUCAUGCGGGUGGGUUGCACAUCCUUCCAUCCUCCAAUAAUCUGCUGCCACCUCAUGUCUAUACCACAGCGGGUGUCUUUGGAGAUCAUGAAGGAUCCCGCAGUUGGUUGCCCUGUUUGGACUCGGCGUCGUACAAACAUCGAUCGUCUCAUCAAUUGACCAUUUUGGUGACAGCACCCAUGCGAGAGGGGUUGCAGAUUGUGGGUGGUGGAGAAGACUAUGGUGUCCAUGAAACAUGGCUGCAUUACAACAACAAUGACAACAAGAGUGAUGAUCCUUCCAAAUUGGCAGAGGAACUGUUGGGAGAGGAGCAUGUCAAGUUUCUAACGCAGCAACAACGAAAAAUCAAUCAGCAAGUAGAACAACAGAAACAACAAAAUAAUGCGCCACACGUCAUUCCUCCCGACAAUGAUGUUGUCAUGACCGAGGCUGUCGACGCAGGAGAAACAACAACCACCAUUAUUUCAGUCGACACAAUCUUGGCAACACAGGUAUGGGCUUCGACCAGUUGGAUGCCCGUUCCCGGUCGAUCUCUGGGAUUUGCCAUUGGACCCUUUACCGUCGUGGAGGAUCCAGAGUACUUUGGCCUUCCGGACCUAGACUUGGAUGAAGACGAAAUGGGAGGAGCAAACGAACCUGGAGAGGAACAAGCCAAACAACGACGGCGACAAUUGGAAUUGGAGCGAGAGCAGGAGCGCAUCCAGAUGGCAAGGAUACGAGGGGAAGGAAUUCGUCAAGCGUAUUUCGCACCAAUCUACGAACGAAAAGAAAUACAUCGAAAUGCCAACACGUUGUUGCUGGAAGAAGCACAAGGUGGAUCCGGAAUGGUCGAGUUCCAGCUCUACCCCAAGACAACCCGUCAGAACAAGCUGUCCAAGGGGCUCGAAGAUGCGGUCACGUUUGCUACUGCCGGUGUCCCGCAUAGAGCACUAUCCUUGAUGAGAGAUAUUCUUGCCCUACCAGCUUACCGAACGGCAGCAUACACACAGAUUUGGAUUCCCGGUGCUGUCAACGGAGGAUACUCCUCGGGGGCAUUGCAUUCGUGUCCAGAGGUGCUUGGCGCCAACAGCUUUCAGGGUGGUGCCAUCAUGGAUGCAGGUUUGUUGCCCCCAGUGGGAAAACGAAUACCUUACUUCCAGGGAGGAGGCCGAGUGGUACAAAUGCUUCAAGCGCGCUGCGCAAUCCGAGGCUGGAUCAUGUCGUCGUUGCCUUUGGGCGGACAAGAUGAUGUUGGAGGAGGUUACAUCCAUUCCCUGAUCGAAUCAUUCAUGAUGAGUUUCUACGAACGAGGCCAUGGGGCGUUUGGUGAAGGAGGGGCAAAGGGUUCUAUGUUUUACACGAAGCGUUAUGCAGCUGGAAGUGGCUUGAAUAGUUCCAGCUUGGACUUCUUGCCCGUUCGCAAUGUUGAAGAGUCACCUGAUGUCGCAAUUGGAGGUGUCAUGGCUGCUGUACCCGUUGAGGAUCGCAACAAUGAUCAACUAUGGCGAUCAACAAGCAAUGGGACUGAGUCUCACACUUCGUCCAUGGACGAGUUUGCGGUCAGACAAGUCCUUUGCAAAGAUGUGCUCGAGGCACUUGAGAGGGGGACUGAUAAAGAUAAGCACGUCCCUAUGCCAAGCAUGGGAUGGCUUGGAUCACAUCUUUGCUUGUCGUUCUUGUCUAGCAAUGCAACAUCCAGCAGUGAUCUCGGUUGCGGAUCUCUGGAAUUGGUUCAUGCCACCGGCGGGCUUGUCUACAGGUCGCUAAAAACUGAGAUGCUCCAACGUGUUGUCGAAGGAAGAGCUGGUGUAGCCAACUUUAUACGAUUGGUUCGGGCGGCUUUCAUUGCAUCGCAUCUGGAUGACGUGGGCGAGAAGGAGCUCAAGAUGCCAUCCACCAAAAAGGAAAAGAGAGCAGACCGCAACGCUGAUUCCAACACUGCAAAUGCCAAAGCUAAGGAGCCAGAACCCCCCAUCGAACCACCAAAGCCUAGAUUUGUUGUUUGCGUCCAGGAGCUGCUCAAGAAAAAGGGCUUGACCCACACGCUGUUUACAAGGGCACUCCAGAAUCUUGCUGGGAGGAUCAGAGAGGCUCUUUUGCUUGGACGCUUGGUGGACGUCGAACGAGAGGCUAUCGAUCCGAGAACCAAGAAGCCAAUUGUUGACCCGGAAGGCUUUCCCAACUGCUACGUCCGGGGCUCCUCGCCUCUGUACCUCCGUGUUGGGGUUCACGUAGACAUGAUUCGCGAUUCUGCUUCCUCCUCUGCGGCUGCAAACCCAGGGGGGAUUCAACUGCAGACAUAUGCAGAGCCAGUUAUACCUGAAGGGGGUGUUGCAUAUAGUGGCCCAAUCACUCUUCGCGUCGUGGAGAACGAAGGCCAAUUUCGUGAAUUCGUGAAGGAUUUGACGCCUGAUGGGAGUAGACGCGAUUGGGGGACCACGCAUCUCCAUGCACCGCCUGUGACAACUCCAAAGGCUCAGACAGCCGCAAGCGGGGUGAUAGAGCCCACCGCCAAAGACAAGGCGGGUACAGGGAGUGCUGCCAAAGGAAUCUUCUCUUCAAAAAUCACAAAAAUCACUCAUGGUGGGGGCUACCAAGCAAUUGAAUUGAUCCGUCUUACCAACCUGACUCCAUUGUUGUGGGUGAGGGUGGAUCCGAUCGGGCUGUAUGCAGGGCGUAUUUCUGUUUUCCAGCCAGAUGCAUGUCUGGCUGAACAAUUAUUUCAUGACGGGGACGCGGGGGCUCAAGUGGAAGCAAUGCGCAACCUCGCUGAGCGACCGUUGCGUAUCCAAGGCUCUGUGAAGGUUACGUCGGUGUAUGACGUAAAGGUGUCUGAGCUCCCUGUGCGUGUCUUGGGCGAUUGCUUGAGGGGUAGCCCCGCGCUGCACUCAUCACUACCGCAUACCCCGGCAGUUCGGGCUCAAGCCGCCCUUGCCAUUGCCCAAUGGCAGAACAACAAAGCGCCUCCGUCGAGUAGAGUUCUUGGGGUUGACAGCUGGUUGGGGAUGAACCUACUCAUUCAGUACUUCAAGGAGAGGUACUACGACAAUGGGAUCAUCAUGCCAGUGAAGUUCACCCGCAUCGUGCUGAGGAAAGACGAAGUUGAUGCAGCACACGAAGCCGCUGCGGUCGAAGGAGGCGGCCCGAAUCCAAAUCCCUCACAAGACUUAUCUUACACAUACUUGGACACUCACGGAGAUGCUUUAGAUAGAGCGACGGCUCUCGAGGAGGCAGAAGAAAUUGGGGUCGAAGAAGACGAGGAAUGCAGAGUCCGCGCGGCGGUGAUCACUGCUAUUGCGUCGAUCCGGGCGAAGGACGGAAUGACGCCAGCCCCUGUGCUUAAAUUUCUGGAAACGAUUUUGGAAGCAGAAGACUCCGAAAUGUCAGGCAAUGUGGUCUUCCCUGAUGAAGAUGUCAUGUCAGAAACGAAGAGCCGCCAGACUGGCGACAUGAAGAAGAACAAGAGCCAUGGCUUUGACGUCAAUGCGCUCUCCCCCUUUCCCUUCGUCUCCAGCUCGUUGGUGGCAGAUUCCCUGCUCGCCUUGUGCUACAUUAACGCCUUCCCAGCGCUGAUCACAGACCCCGCUACAGGCAAGCCAGUUCAAUCAAGUGCAAACCAUCCGGUCUCGAAGUUGAUGGAAAUUGCACUACGAUGGCUGCACUGGGAACUUUAUAGGUCUGGUAUCCGGGCUGAAGCGGAAGCCGAAACCAUGACUGGAGUGGGAGCAAACGCAAACGGCACAGUUGCUGCGUGUGCUAUCACUGCUCUGUCGUCAUUAGCGAUUCUUCGACAGAGCACCACCGAUCCAGUCGCAGAACCCACUCAGGCAGAUGUACAGGCGAAAGCAAAGACUUCGGAAGAAGAAGAAGAGGCAUCUAGUAGAGAAAAGACACAGUGGGACAAACUCGACGAAGUGGCAAAUGUCAAGUUCUACCAGGACAUUUACUUUCGUAACCCUCCUGUUUCAGACUUGACAAAGGCUGCAUGUGCACAAGCAAUUGCCUGCAUUCACUGUGCAUCAGAUCGAUUCGAAAAGAAGGAUGGGGUUCCCUCAGGCCUGCUCUCUGCCCUGGAGUUCUUGCUUGACCGCAUCAUAGAUCCACUUGAGUCGACACACUUGAAGCACACUCUUUCUUUGCUGAUGAUGGAUGCCUGCACUGGAAAGAUUUGCUCAAUGCAGCGUGUAGGUCUUAUUGGUGGUCGAAAUGAGCUUGUCACAUCGGCCGCGAGGUUUUACGGUGGCCCACUUGGGGCUAGCCACGGCGGAGACAGUGGGAGCGCCUGCGUAUACUCGGUCAGCCCAGCAACAAGCCCUGCGGCGAAUGCGGUAAACGAUGGUGCCCGAAGAGGGCUUCGGCUUUUGAGCAAAGCAGGGCAUCCCAAGGAGGCUGCUGGCGAACCCAUUGUUGUUCGGAUAGCACGAUUCGCCACCAAGCUUUGGAGGACAAUCAACGGCGAAGCCGUGCUUCCCGAACCAAAGGGUGAUUCUCCUCCUCCUCGACCCAUCAGUCCGAACGGGGUUUGCGCCUACGACGGCCACUUGCGAUGUUCACUGCUCUCUUUGUGGCAGUGGCUGUGGCCCAAUCGAUGCCUUGCUGUUCUUCAGGUACAGGCAUGGAAGUCUCAUGAAGGGACAAAGCGAUAUAAGGAGCUAGGAGCCCAUCGUGUGAUGAAAAUCACAAAAGAGGAAGAAGAGGCGGCAAAAUGGGAAGAAGCAGCAUUGGAAGGUAUCAACCGGCUCGUGAACGUUGAAAUCGAACGUCAAAAGUGGAGGGGAGAAAUGGCGGUCAAGGCCUAUGAGUACAAAAAGAAUAGUGCCAGUAGUGGUACGGUUGUGGAUGCCAGCGCAGCCGAGCAGGGUUUGGGACAGCCACUUCCACCCAUCCAACGAGACACCGCGUUCAAAAACGGAGGAUGGAUUUCUUCUGCCGCACAACAACGACGAGCACUUGCUUUGGAUGGCGGUACUGCUGUUACAAAGUUGCGCCUAACGGUGAAAGGGUCAGAAUAG